AUGCACGAAGAAGAUGGCGAGCUGGGAAUUGGAGGAAACGAGCACGAAGAAGAGGAAGAAGACGGAGGCCUAUACUCACAAACCUUUCCCUUCUACCAGCAACCGGUAGCACUGCAACGCAUGCAAUUUGCGCAUUCGGCAUCAGCUACAUCCGUAUCAUCAAUGUCAUCGACAACAACGACACCACCACCACCGCCACCACCUCAACCGUCAGUAGCAUCAGUACAACCAUUAAAGCAACAACAGCAAAACCAACCAGCAACAGCUCAGACCCUAACCUCACUAGCAUCAUCAGCAACAGCCGUAAAUAUAUACCAAGAACAAGCCCUUCAACAGCACGCACACCAGCCGCAACAACAACACCAACAAAAAUUACGACCAGAACAAAUGACUUCCGCAACCGCUGCCAACGGCAACUUCAACAUCAACGUCAACGCCUCAGCAGCUACAGCUGCAGCUUAUAAGCGACAAGAACAAAAGUUGCGAAGAUUACGCGAACUGCACUCGCUCGCCUUGGAGGGGGGCGACACGGCACGCGGUUAUUGCUCCUGCGAUGAGCAAUGGACCUCAUCAUCGCCGCCCAUAUCCGACUCGCCGACACUCUCCAGCAAUGAAGGACACGAAAAGACAUCCGACGGAAGUGAAGCCAAUGAAACAAUACAAGCAGCAGCAGCAACAACAAUAAUAACAAAGGCGACAGCAAAACCAACAUCUGCCGAAACAACAGCAGCAAUGACGGCCGAACGGCGAGUGACAGGAAACGCGUACAAGCAAAUAAACGUGACAACAGGACGUGGCCGGUUGGCCGUCGGCGGUAAUGAUGGCGGUCACAGCCGGACGAGACAACAACAAAAGCACAACAAUAGCACUAUUGAUGGUGUUGGCAACAUUUGGACGGGCACGCGAGCAAAUGAGGUCGCCAAGGCAGCGGCCGCCGUGGUGGCAGCAAAGGCAGCUGGAGCAGGAGUUUCGACAGCAGCAAUGGCGGGCGCGGUGAGGGGUGAAAGCAGGCCAAUGCCGGCAGCGCGCCUCAAGCAACAACAUCAUGUGCGCUUUUCGGACGAGAAGAAUUUCUCCGAUUAG